CGCGCCUGCCGCUCCAGAUUUAACGGUUUCUGAUUGUACGCCUAUUACACCUUUCCCCAACGUGGUCAAGUAAAGUUAUCGCAACAUCAACAUGUAAAACUUAUUGGUUGUCAGUAUAUUUACAAAUUAUUUCGAUCUAAAUUUUAAUUACAAUAUAUUUUAGAUGCUUAUUCAGUGCUUUAGUUUAAAACCUUUGAGGAAUAUUUAUCGUCACGUGAAUCCAAUUCAUCACAUCUUACCUUCUCAACAGGUUCUUCUAAAUUCAGUAUCUAAACGGAAUAUUUUCGCUGUUACCGGUAUUCAACCAAGUGGUAAACCUCACCUCGGAAAUUAUCUUGGAGUUAUAAAACCGUGUGUUACGUAUUGUCGUGAUAGUGAUGUGUCACAGUUCUUUAUGCUGAUCGCAGAUUUACAUUCUCUUACAUCAAACAAUUGUAAUGACCUGAAGCAUGGUAUUCAUGAACUUGUGGCUACUUUGCUUGCAUGUGGAUUUGAAGCAAAUUCUUCAAAGCAAAUUAUAUUCCUUCAGUCUUCUGUGCCUGGACAUACUGAACUAGCAUGGAUCUUAUCAUCAGUUUGCUCGAUCCUGAGGUUAGCUCAUUUGCCUCAAUGGAGAGAAAAAUGUGGAUAUUUUAACUCAGUGCCUGAUGUAUCUACUAACAAUACUUUAUCAAUGAAUAAUAUCCAUGAUAAUGCUUCCGUUGGUUUAUUUACCUAUCCUACUUUACAAGCUGCUGAUAUACUUCUUUAUGGAGCACAUUCAGUUCCUAUUGGAGCUGAUCAAAUAACUCAUAUUGAAUUAACACGUGAUCUAGUUCGAUCAGCUGUACAUAAAUGGCCGUCAUUAUCAUCUAUUUUACAUAUACCUAAUAGUGUUAUUUUUGAUGCACCUAAAAUAAACAACCUAACUAAUCCAAUUAAAAAAAUGAGUAAAUCUGAUACAUCAGAAUUAGGUAUAAUCUAUCUAACUGAUACACCAGAUAAUAUUUAUAAAAAAAUUAGACGUGCUGAAACAGAUUCUAUCCGUAAAAUUACUUAUGAUAUUGAAAACCGUCCUGGAGUAUCAAAUUUAUUAAGAAUUCUAUCUGCUAUCCAGGGUCGUAAAAUUGAAGAAAUUCUAUCUACAGUACCUAAUGAUUGGAGUAAAGAAGAUUUGAAAUCCAAAGUGUCAGAUGCACUUAUUGAAGAAUUUGAUCCAAUUCAAAAACGAAUAAAUAAUUUUAUGAAUACAGAAGAAGGUCAAUCUACUAUAGUUAAUUGUUUAUCAUAUGGUUCAAGUCGAGCUAAUCAGUUGGCUACAAAACGUUUAGAGCUAAUUUACUCUGCUAUUGGUUGUAAGAUAUCAGAUUGUAAAAAUUAUUCUUCAUCAUAUUAACUAAAAUAGUAACCGUUUAAUAUGAAUAUAUGGUCUAUUAAGUUUUCUUUCAUGUGUACAUUGGUUACAAUACUUUUGAUAUCUAGUAUCUAUCUAUCUACCUACCUACCUUCUGAUUUUUGUUUUGAAUCAUUAUGCAAUUAUCCAAUGAAGUGUGAGCGAUUAGCACAACAAUUCUAAACACUGUGUAGAUUUAUUCCUUAACUUUAGAACAAAACUGGCAACUGAUGUUUGUUGUAUACUGUUUACCUACAAGAGUUCUUUUAGAUUAUAUCGGCUAUAUAUUCUAAGUUUACAAUCAGCUACAAACUUUGAAUUUUCUGCUAUUGUUUGGCCAGUUUUCAAAUAAACUAUCAAGAAUAUUGCGACUCUAUAGUGUUUUACACCUCAACUAGUUCGAUUGACACUUCACAGUAAAUAGCUCCGAUCCUGACAAAAAAAAUGGCAUACGAACCUAUUCUUAGUCACUGGUUAUCAUAAGAUUGCAUCUCCACUGCCUUGUGGAUUAAACCACUAGGUGAAAGGCUUCCGGGUAUGGUCUCCUAAGAAAACUACCUAUUCCGUUUUUCGUCAAAAAAAAACAAACUGAAACUUUUAUUAUCAUUCAUUUGUAUUGGUUGUUUGCAUUUUCCCAUUGAUGUUUAGUUCUGCAUUUCACCAGUCUCUUUUUUUUAAAAAAAAACAUUAACUUCGGUAUCCAAAUACAUUCAGUUAAAGAGUCACAAAUAGGACGAAACACGAUUCAAAUUAGAUUCCAUUGCUAGCUACUAUUCAUCUUUGCUUAUAACACUUUUAAAUUAAGACAAUAUGCACAUAUACCAUACCAAUAAGAAGAGAUUGAUUAAUUGCAGUGUUAAACAUCAAUGGGAAGAUUCAAGUAAACAACAAUACUAAGUGAAUUCAAAAAUAACAAGGUUUCUAACAUGAAAUGGAUUUAUUCUAUUUCACGGUGUUGGGAUAUUCAGGAAAAUAUCCCAAAGAUUAUUCUGCUAGUCCUAAUGCUAUCCUUGGACAUGAAAUGAUAUCAUCUUAUUGGUUAAUAUUUAUUUAACGUGUUAUUUUCCUGUUGGCCAUUACUGUACAAUGUUAUCUUCUAUUUUAUGGUACGUUGUAGACUGCUUGAAUGGUAUAUAAACAAAGUAUGUUUGAAAUAAAAUGAUUC